GUCAGAUGGAAAUGUACAGCCUGCGGUCCAGUAUAAAGUAGCUUAGUGCGAUGACAGCAGGCAGCAUAACUCUUCAUUGGUUUCCAUUGAUCUGAAAUUGGUCAUUUUAGUGAUUAGUUAACGAUAUUUGCUAUUAGCUUAAACGCUAACGUUAGUUAAGUAACGUUAAGUUAACGCUGCAGCCUUUUAACUUGUGCAGCUAGCUACUGAAUGGCUAGUUGAUUCACUUGUGAUGGUCUGCUGUCCUUUAUAAUAACGAAGGAGACGAAGCUGAGAUGGAUGAGGACAUGGAAGCACCUGAGCUGCCUGUGGAGGUAUAGAUCAUAGUUUACAUCCUGAGCUUUCUUCACGCUUCAGACAGGAGGGAAGCCUCGAUGGUGUGUCGCAGCUGGUACAGUGCCAGUCAGGACCUGCGCUUUCAGAAAAACGUCACUUUCUGCUUCCCAGCUUCAGCCUCAUCCCUGGAGCUGAUCAGAGGUCUUGGCGGAAAGUCACACUGCAGUCUGAUUAUCAGCCAGCUCGAUGGGUUCAGUAUGUCGAGAUCUCUGCUUCUGGAGGUGGGUCUUUGCUUGGGCUCUAAGUUGGAGAGUUUGGCACUCCCUGGCAGCAGUAUAACCGAGGCCUCACUGCUGGCCCUCCUUCCUCGCCUCACCUCCCUCCGUAGGCUGGACCUCAGGGGCCUGGACAGCCUCUUCAUGUCUGGGGCUUUCCUCUCCAGGGAGGAGCACAGACAACAGGUAAGGUCAGCCCUGUCUGGUCUGGAGGAGCUGGACUUGUCCGACCUGCGCUACCUCUCGGACCUCACCUUCAAUCGGCUCACUGGCUGUACCCCACACCUCCGCCGCCUCUCGCUGGCCGGCUGCCAUAUCGCUUUCGAGUUUGACCCGUAUCGAGGGUGCCCGGUGGGAGCAGUUGAGGAUUCGUCUGCAUUGCUGUCACUGAGGAACUUGCGGAGGUUGUUAACAGAGCAGAAAUCCACCCUUGUUGCUCUGGACCUCAGCAGAACCUCCAUCACCCCUGAGUCACUACGCAGUAUUGCACAGGUUCAAGAUUUGGUCUUAGAGGAACUGUGUCUGCACGGCUGUAAGGAGCUGACCGACUACUCGGUGGAGGUUCUGGUGAAGCACCAACCGAGUCUCCAGAGAGUGGACAUCAGUGCCUGCACUGAGCUGACCAACAGGUCUGUAGAGGCCAUAGCACGGGGCUUGAAGUCACUGACACACCUCUCCUUGUCCUGCGACUGGAGGAUCACUGAAAAAGGCCUCGCUGACCUUCUGUCUGUGUCCUCCCUGAGGACUCUGGAUCUGUCUGAGUGUCUGCACGUCAGUGGAACAGAGAUGGUGAAAGGCUUGACUAGAUCCAGUGCUGCCAGAGCACAGCUGGAAACACUCAGCCUCAAGAGCUGCACCUACAUUAGGGAUCUUGCAGUUUUAUCUCUUACCCAGCUUCUUGGGGAAACUCUCCGCGAGCUAGACCUGACGUCAUGUGUCAAUGUGACUGACUUGUCUGUGCGCGCUAUAGCCACCUACCUGCAGAGGCUGGUAGUUCUGCGGCUCGGCUGGUGUAAAGAAGUCACAGACUGGGGUCUGCUGGGGAUGGUGGAAACAUCCAAAUGUGAGCCUGACCAGGAAAUGGGAGACAAGGGUCCCAGGUUCACCCGGACAUUCGGCAACAUGGGCUUCUUCAAGCCUCCUCGUUUGCCAUUUGAGGAGCGACCCAAGCUGGUGACGCAGAAUGACCUGGAGCAGUUCAAACAGCAGGCUGGAGCUUCACUUUUAGCUCUUAACAGGCUGCAGGAGUUGGACCUCUCCGCCUGCCCCAAACUCACUGACAGCAGCAUCACACAGGUGGUGCGAUACCCAGACCUCCACCGUCUGUCUCUCUCCAUGCUGCCGGAGAUCACUGAUGCCAGCUUGGCGUCGGUCGCCUGGCACUGCCGCAGCCUCACCAGUCUGGCACUCAGCCACUGCCCGGGUAUCAGUGACCAUGGAGUGGCACAGGCUGCACCGUACCUACACAGACUGCAGCAUUUCUACCUCUCCUGUUGUACUAACAUCACUGACAGAUCCUUGUUCCUCCUGCUGCAGCACUGCAAGCGCCUGCGAACACUCGACAUCUCGCGGUGCAAAAACAUCUCCUUAACAACAGUGGACCUCCUUCAGUCACAGCUGCCAUUCCUGGAAAAUGUCCACUGCAAAUACAUAGGUGGGUCUGAUCUUACCCUUGCUUUCUGACUGACUGAUUGAAUGUCCUGGAUGACCGCUGACCAAAGCCCGCUCCACGAGUGAAGCUUUUGCACAUUUCAGCAACUUGCACAGGAAAUGUUGAAGAGCACCUCCUACAGCUACUGUAAAUACCGUCACCUAUACUACAGUUCCUUUGUUUGUUCAUGCUUGGAUUCAAACAAUCAGCUGGGGCAGACAACCCUGUAUCUAACCACCACAUUCAAAGAUCCGUUAAGUCCAAGUAGAAGAAGUUUGCAUGUAAUGUUUAUGUGGUGCAUCAUCACUGAGGGCGGGGAAGUAUAAGACAUUUCAAGGUGCUGUGUCUGCGUUCAAAUAUCUGUUAAAAUAAAGAGAAAUCCUGAAAACUGAAACACACAGCCACCAAAGCAAGAAGAAAAUAUUCUCUAUAAUGAGAAUGUGAACUCUUUCUACAUUUGUUUCUAGGAAGAUGUGGCCCAAACAAUUUUGCUUGUGAUAUUUUAUCGUCUUGUAACAAGGUACUUUUUAUCUAAGUUAAAGCUAGAGUGCGGAACUUGUACAUGUAUGAAUGGAGGUCUUUUACAUUUAAGCACGUACCAAACAAGUUCACACAAUGCUGAUUAAGCUCAUCACUGGCAGGUAAAUCUCUCUGUAUUUGCGGUUUACUGGAGUUUGAAAUCUGUGGCGAUGUUCAUGUGCUGCUGCACUGGUGACGAUGUGUUUUACGCCACCCAGCAAUGACCGGUCUUGCUAGGGCCACCCCACAGCCAUGUAGAGAACUGUGUGAUCACGAACAAAUGAUCACGAAAAAAAUGGCUCACUGGAGAGAACAUUUAUUAUUGGGUAUUGAUUACGAUUGUAUAGUUUUAAUGUACUUUGGCAGUGUUGUAUUGUUUGCAGCUAUGCCAAUAAAGUCACUUGAAUUUAAAUGAACAAAGGUGAGCAACUCUCUCUCUACAUGGCUCUGGAGCAACUGUAGUGACGGAGCAGACUACAGCAUCUAGGAGUAUGACAGAGGCUGUGUCGGAAAAAUCUAAGAGGCAUCUAAGAAAUGUUUCUGAUACUCCAGAUAAAGAAACUUUGCAUUUAGAGGAAGGAUUAGUAAAAAAGUUGUACUCUCACUGCCAGAAGGGGAAACACAAAUUCUGCCCUGCAGGCUAAAAUGUUCCAUAAGAGACCAUCUCGUCUAGAUUGAAAGUUCAUUUAAAGUUAACUAUUUUAUUUCUUUUAUUCUAUUUAAUAAUUUUGAACUAACAUGACUCGCAUGAAAAUAUCAGCUGUAAGAAACUAAAGAUAACUAGUUAUAUUCCAAUGCAUUUCUAUUGUGUUGUGAGUACUAAAAGGAGGCAAGACCUAAUUUAAAUGCUCAGUUGUCUUCUUCUGUACAGAUUAGGUGAAAGGGCUUUUUUAAAAACAUAAUAGGAGAAAUAUUUUUUCUUACAAUGACAGUUCUGUGUUGCUAAAGUAGAAGUAAAGAUGGGAUAUGAGUGAAUAAGUGGUCUUCAGAGUUUCCUGAAAGAGUUCCCUAAACAUCAACUAUUAAAUCAAAGUUAAGGCCAAUCACUCCGAAGUGAAGGUGAAUGACAGCAAGCUAUUGAUUUAGAAUGGCCUCUUUUAGAAGAUAAUAGCCUUUUUUUCUGUCAAAGCAUGUCAGCAGUGCACCUGCCUCCACUGAACGGUUUGAAUUAUUUAUGGAUUUUUUUUGAAAACUGCCAGUUUUAUCCAGAGAUGGGAUUAGCAUGAAAUAAAAUUGAGUCUCAAAUUUUGAGGAAUUUAUUGAAAGUAAUAUCCCACCAAUAGCAAACAAACCAUGUCACUUUUUUUUCUAUGAAAAUCUGUUGGCUGUUAUUACUGGAUACUACUCUAGUGUCUGUAAUGUAGUGUGAUACUGACUUUUCUUUUUCUCUUUUUGUUGUAUUGGCCAACCACUGAAGCCUAGCUAAAGAAAUAAUAUUCCUUUAUACUUAAGGUAUAUUGUUGAAUAAAUUUGUACUAUUGGGACACUGUAUGAUGCACUAUGACAGAGGGAGCAUUAUAAGGACAAAUAACAUUUAAAAGGAUAAAAGAUGUUGAUUUUAUAAAUAAACCAAAGUUUGACUACUA